AUGGCAAGAACAGCUUUGGCGACGAAGAAGAGAAGAAAAUCGAAGCGUGGUCCACUGCCAAUUCCACCGACACUUAUUCCUGUAGAAACGGUGGAUGAUAUGGAGAUUCAUGUUUAUAAACACGAAGGUGCAUCAAUCUUGUCGGUAGUAAGUCCUUUGUGCUCUAUCAGCACCGACUCCGUCAUUCCAUUUCUCGAGAACUUGAAUGUCAAACGCCCGCCGGCGUUGAAAGAAACUAAUCUGCUUGUUCUAUACGCUACGGAAGAGACAACUGCGGUUUGCCGGCAUCUUGGCGUGAAGGCCAUUCCGUCCUUUUUUUCAUACCACUUUGGAGAAUUGAAGGAAUUUUUUACUGGAGAUAACAUGGAUAAGUUUUUGUUACUGGCAAAACGUGCAGAGGAAGUGGCUCUAGCGAGAAAAUUGGAGCUACAGGCUCAACGAAAUGCUGCUGAGAAGCUCGCUGAAGAAAACAAUGCCGUUACUGCUGCAUGA